ACUGGUUUCUUCUCACAGGCUUUCCAGAAUCACUUUCAACCAUGCUGUGUGUAAAUAUCCGCUGGCUUGCUGUGCUGCUCUGUGUUUGGACUGUGAUGUUUGGAUCAAUGGGACAUCCUCUGGACAACAAUACGAACAUGACAACAGACACUCAGACAGAAGAGGAAUCAAGAGAAGAGCUGAUGCCGACUCCUGCCAACACCACAGACACGAAUGCAACAUAUGUUUUUAAGCAUUAUGUGCAUCAGUCCCAGUCAUUGUCUGCCGGAGAGCAGGAGUUUCUCCUGCAGAGGAAACAAGUCGCUCUGGAGGCACUCAACAAGCUGGGAAUCAAGAGUACACUGGAUUCGGUCCCUCACGUUGCAAUCUUGGGGUCAGGUGGGGGUCAGAGGGCCUCUGUGUGUCUGGUGGGGUCCCUCUAUCAGCUGGAAAAGGAAGGCCUGUUGGACACUGUGCUCUACCUGGGAGGAAUUUCUGGCACUACCUUGGCGAUGUCCUCUCUGUACAGCGACCCACAGUGGAGCAAAAACAUGGACAAAGCCGUAUACAGGCUCUCGGCUCCCCGGGUCCGACCACUAGAGGUUGUGUCCUGGCUGCGCGAGAGGGCGAAGGAGAAGCACUUCUCUCUCAGUGACAUCUGGGGGGUCAUCACCUCUGCUUCCAUCACCAAACAGUUGUACCUUCAACAUCUCUCUGAUGAUGGCAUGAACGCCAUCAACCCUUAUCCCAUCUACAACGCAGUAGACAAAAACUGCCUGAGACACGGCCCUCUAAGAGGUAAAUGGUUUGAGCUGACUCCUCACGAGGCUGGCUUCACAGAUCUGGGUCUCUUCAUUAACACCUCUCAUGUGGGCUCAAAAAAUGAAGAGGGUCCUGAAGGGGAAGUGAUGGAGAUGGACAUGACCCAGGUGCAAGGUAUAAUGACCAGCGUUUUAGCAGAUGAACAGGCAAUGAUAUUCUAUUUCCCUGACUGGCUGAAAGGUCUGGUGGGUUCGGUUAACACUGUUCUAUCCAAAAUGGAAAACGUGAAGAAAAUACUGGAUGAGAGAUUCAACUCGUGGGUCCUUGAGCCGGGGCGUCAGAAAGUGAUGGCUUCGUUUCAGACUUUGAGCGAUAGUCUAAGUGAAGGACCAGUCAAAGAGAAAGUCACUUGGAUGAUCCAAAAAGGCCUCCCUAUGAUUGGAAACUGGGAAUGGGGAACAACUGAAAACUUCCUCUACCAAUACCCAGGUGCUGAGGUGCCAUCAUGCAUCAGUGGUAAGGAGAAUCUGCAGCUGAUAGACGGGGGUUUGAUGAUGAACAUGCCUUUACCCCCCCUCCUGGGUGAAAAGAGAGAUGCAGACCUCCUCAUCGCUCUUGAAUCGGGUUCUAGUAAAACCUUCACGACACUGACUGAUGCCAGAGAUUACGCACAGGCAAUGAAGAAGCCUUUCCCAGAGAUCGACGAAAGGAUCUUGGAGGAGAAAGACUGGCCGAAGGACUGCUACGUGUUCGAGGGAAAAGAGAAGGAACCCACCAUUGUUUACAUGCCGCUCUUCAACAGAUGCAACUGUAAAGAUGCGGAGGAAGUCCAAGCUAAGAUGAAGGAGUUCUCCACCUUCCAGCUUCCCUUAAACCAGGAGAGGAUUGAGUUUGUGUUGGAGACGGCGAAAGCUAACAUCAAGAACAACAAGGAGACUCUGCUGAUGGAGAUUUACAAGGCCUCUUGCCGCAGACACAAGAAGAUGUAGGGCAGUCGAUGUAGUAUGCAGAUAAUUACACACCAAUACAAAUGUAAUAUACGUGUGUGUGUGUGUGUGUGUGUGUGUGUGUGUGUGUGUGUGUGUGUGUGUGUGUGUGUGUGUGUGUGUGUGUGUGUGUGUGCAUAUCUGUCUGUCUGUUUUGUUGUCUGUCUGCCUGCAGAGGUCACUGCCUCUGUCUGUCUUACUGUUUCUCCCACAGUUUAAUUCAGGUCAAUAUGAGACAUACGCAUAUAUAUAUAUACACUCCAACUUUGUAUUAAAUCUUUAUCUCUACAUGUAUGGCAGCCAUUACAGUGUGUUGAAUUCCAACAAUUUUUUUACGAAAAUUGAACUCAAAAGACACAACUAUAAAAAAUAAAACAAGAGAAAGUGAUAAUGCUGAAGUGAUCUGCAGCUGUAUAUAGGUGUUCAGCAGUCAAGACCACACAAGCACUAAGGACUUUAUGGGGAAAUUUGUUUCCAAUGAUUUGAUUUAUCACCAAUUAUUUUCGUUUGAAUGCUUUGUUGCUCAAACACUGUCUGAAAUUGUUUGAUUUAACAUUCACUUGAAGCCAUAUGUUUAAUAUGACUGACAUAAUCCUGUAUUAUUCAGAUGUAGUAACGCAAAUGCAACACCAGAGGUCAGUCUUUGUUCACGAUUUUCUGACUGGUAUCAGUAAAGUUUCUGACGACAACCCUGACAGAUACUUACAUUCUUUACAGUAUUUUAUUUGUUGAAAAGUGACAUUUGGAGAUAUUUAUGGUUAAAAUGACUAAUUUAAACAAAAACAGUUGUUGCGUAAUAAAACAAAGUAGAAGUUCAA